UGUUUUUACCACAACAGCUGCUCAAGUGGUAUGCCUAAAUCCAUUAGAAAUCGGCGAACUUCGAGUUAUGAGGAGCAAGAAGUGUGUUAACAUAGAUGGGUUUGAUGGCUUGGGAAAUAUUAACACCUAUAGUUGCGACGGUUUUGAAGACCAGCGAAUAAUCAUGUGCGGAGAUGGUUCGAUACGAAAUACGAAAUCUCCUAAUAACUGUUUUACACCAGGUACAGCUGGAAAGGGAAAUGUUAAAUUGUCUACAUGCAAAGUGUACCCGAGUUUGCCUGACUACCAAAAGUGGAGAUUUGGAAAUUCAAAAACCUUUCUCGACACUUUUGGAAUUGAACAGGAAGCAAAAGAAAUCAUUAACGUGUAA